AUGGCGCAUCGUUCUUGCGCCGUAUCUCAGCUCUUCCAAUCAGCCUUUUCACCUGUCCUUUCCCUCCGGCAACUUCGUUUAUUUUUUAUUAUCCUUCUUUUCCUCUCCAUACUCUCCACCGCUUUGUCAACUGUUCAUCUUCUCAAUGCACUGGCUCUCAGUCAAAAACCGUUUCUUUAUUUUAGUUCUUUCGUGUCUUGUAUGGUUGGAUUCAUUCAAUGCCGAAGAAAGCAUCUUGAAAUUGAAUUGUGCCGUGCACAUACUGCUAAACGACUUCGUCAAGCAACUCUUUGUGCCUCAAUUGCUAUCACACUCUUUACUUUGGCUGCUUUACCAACUCCUUCUUUAGCUAAUACGUUGGAAUCCGAUCUUACUCGGAUUGAUAUGUGGCUCCUUCUUGCUCUGACUCUAUGUGUUCAGGUCUGUAUCCCCAGUGGUCGAGCUCGACAUCUUGUUUGUGGGAUUAUUGCACUGGCACAUACUAUUAUGGUAAUUGUCACAAGAUUCACAUCGGAGAGGAUUUCUUCAGCUAACAGUGAUUGUCUCGUUUGCUGGAACUCCAAAGAAGUUCGCUUCUGGAGAGAGAAUAAUAACGAGCGUUGGCGUUGUCUUUGUGUUGCCCUUCAUGCCUCUCACCGACGGUCUACUUUGCGAUCUAUACAAAAGAAGCUUAGUCGCGUUUCACAAUCAAUUGUUCCUCCAGCCUUGGUCACAGACCUCGAGCACGAUUUCUCAUCUACUCCCUGUUUAUGGUCUUCCCCAUUGGUUAUCUAUCUGCGAAAUGUCAGCUUUCUGAGUGCGGAACUGGUUGGAUUCUGCACAUCAAAUGGAACAAGUGGAAAUAAUGAUAUGGGUAGUAUGUCACCGAUGAUUUCCAAUGUUGGCAUUCAAGAAUUGGAGCGUUAUCCGCAACCGGCUUCACGACACGUCGUGGCCUUCAUUAACUAUCUCAUUAUCCACAUCAAGUCUCUUUGUGUGAGUCAUGGUUGCUAUGCCGUUCAUAUUAGACCAGGAGAGAUCCUUUGUAUCGCCGGCUACCCUGAGGUUCGUGUUGAUCACGCCAACUCUUGUGUUCAGUUAGCUCUGGCUAUUAACCGCCUUCUAAGAUCCAUUUCAAAUGCGGCGCACGUCCAUUUGGAAGCUCGAAUAGCUAUUCACACAGGAGAGGCUUAUGCCGCAGUUUUGGGUCAGUCUAUGCUCACCUUCGACCUAUUGGGUGCUGACGUCUUUCAUCUUCGUCGUCAAUUACGCGCAGCUGCCAAACCGGGGUAUGUAUUUUGCAACCAUUUGCUUUCUUCGACAAUUUGCAAGACCUACGCCAUCUUUGACCAUUUUACUAUUUUAUUUGAUCAGAGUGUAUUUGUUUAUUUAUUUGUAUCAAAUGGUAGGCGUUUUGAUAGUUAUCAUUAG